AAAGAAUGUCGCCGACUAAAUGACGUUCUCUUUACCCGCUGUCACAGAGGAGUUAGGAAUUUUAGGUCCCCCAUCCAUCGCUAAUCGACAAUGGCCGAGGAAGGCAUCGCUGCUGGAGGUGUGAUGGAUGUCAACACCGCUCUCCCCGAGGUGCUCAAGACCGCCCUCAUCCAUGACGGCCUGGCUCGUGGUAUCCGCGAGGCUGCCAAGGCGCUGGACAAGCGCCAGGCCCACCUCUGCGUUCUUGCGGCCAACUGUGACGAGCCCAUGUACGUCAAGCUGGUGGAAGCCCUUUGCGCCGAGCAUCAGAUUAACCUCAUCAAGGUAUGGAGCGAAUGGGGGUGUCGACUAACAGGGGAAAACUUGUGUCCUGUAGCUAGUAUCCUGUGUAACUGUCCCCCCCCCCCCCCCCCCAUGCUGUCUAACACUGUCCCGUCCCCUCUACAGGACUAUGGCAAGGAGUCUCAGGCUAAGGACGUGAUUGAGGAAUACUUCAAGGCCAAGAAAUGAGGUGUCAUUUUCAAUAAAAGCUGAAAUGAA